ACUUAAAAGUUAAAACCUCCGUCUUAGGGUUUCAAACCAAUAUUUUUUUCUUUUUGUAAUAUUCUGUUCUUUAUUUUUCUUCUCCAAUUGCAACUCCGCCAUUCGGUAUCCAUUAUUGAAAGAUGAAACUUCGACACGCCAUGGUUUGUUCUUCGAAUCAGAAUCGGAGCAUGGAAGCACAUUCGCUCCUCAAAAGGGAGGGAUUGGAUGUCUCCUCUUAUGGUACUGGAGCUCAUGUUAAGCUUCCUGGGCCGUCAUUAAGGGAACCCAACGUUUACGAGUUUGGUACCCCGUACAAGCAGAUGUUCGAUGAUCUUAGACGGAAAGACCCUGAACUAUACAAGAGGAAUGGUAUCUUGCCAAUGCUUAAAAGGAAUUCUACUGUGAAACUUGCUCCUCAACGUUGGCAAGAGAAUGCUGCUGAUGGUUCCUUUGAUGUGGUGUUUACAUUUGAAGAAAAGGUUUUUGAUAUGGUUGUUGAAGAUCUUCACAAUCGGGAGCAUGCUCUUAUGAAAUGUGUAUUAGUGAUAAACUUGGAUGUAAAAGAUAACCAUGAGGAGGCAGCCGUUGGAGCUAGGCUUGCUUUGGAGCUUUGUCAACAGCUUGAAGGUACGGAGUCUUGGGAGGAUUCAAUUGAUGACAUUGUUGCUGCAUUUGAGAAACAACAUAGGCGGAAGCUUUUAUAUAGCAUUUCUUUCUAUUAAAUUUUUCUUGGGGAUCUAUUGUGGUAAUAUAAGGAGUUUCUUUUUCCUUCUGCCAUUUGG